AUGGCGACCGUACGCGUCGCAGGUAGGGCAGGAUCUUCAGCACUCCAACACGUUGACAAGGAAGGCAAACAAUGUUCAAGAAAGCGGAAAGCGCAAACUGCUGGUGCUAAAGAAAAGAAUGUGCCUACAUUUCAGCCAGCUAGCAUGGCAAGCGACCCUUUUGUUUCUUUUGAAACAACUUCUACUUCGUCUUGUCAAUACCAUGAUGAUUUUGGUUUCUCAAUCCUGGUUGUUCGUGUUCUUUUGAUUUUGUUUGAUUAUGAUAAGAAAAAGAAGAAAUACUUCUAUGAUGGCAAUAUGGUUGACUAUGAUGUGCUCAUCAUUGACUCCACCACCGCAGGUUUUGAGGAUGAUUGGAUGUCUACAAGGAGAAUCCAGCCUAUAUGUGAAUCUAUGAACUAUUAUAUCGAUGAUGUGGAGUUAUGUCUACAUAGCCUGCCUUGCUAUGCUUCUAUAAAUUUUCAUGUGGCUACCAAUGUUAUAAACCAGAAUUCUCUUUCUAAGGAUACUUAUGUCGGAAUGGUUCAUCAUAUUUGUCAAUAUAUUCUAUCCGAUUUCCAAUAUGUUAUGCACGUCUAA